AUGUGUGGCAUCAUUGCCUCGGCUGCGUCCACAACCACUUCGUUUCCUGCCAAUUUUACUUUACUAUCCACUCUUGAUAACUCAGUACUUACCACGGAUGGUUGGGGUAUCUAUGACAGCACCCUAGAAACUAUAUUGACGUUAUCUCCCUAUAAGGACGACACCAUCGGAUACGGGCCUUACGGUCAGGCACUGGCCGUGCUAGCCGAUGAGACCUCAGUUGCAUGGAUCAUUCAACUUCAGGCAGAGCCUGAGGCUAUCGACACGGUGACUGGGUGGGGAGUCUCGGAUGAUGGGUUCCUUAUGCUGAACGGAGAGCAGCUGUGGGCAUUUAAUGAGAGCGCCGCGGAGCCAAGGAGGCUGUAUUGGGCUGGUAAGGGAAAUGAGCAGGGCAUGGUCAGUACACAGCUAUUGGUGCAAAGUGUUUGA